UAGAAAAAGAAGAAGAAGAAAACAUGUCAGGACACAAAUGCAGUUAUUCCUGGGACUUACAGGAUCGAUAUACUCAAGAUAAGUCAGUUGUCAAUAAGAUGCAACAGAAGUACUGGGAAACGAAGCAGGCCUUCAUUAAAGCCACGGGGAAGAAGGAAGAUGAACAUGUUGUCGCCUCUGAUGCAGACCUGGAUGCCAAGCUAGAGUUGUUUCACUCAAUUCAGAGAACCUGUUUGGAUUUAUCUAAAGCAAUUGUACUCUAUCAAAAGAGGAUAUGUUUCUUGUCUCAAGAAGAAAAUGAACUGGGAAAAUUUCUCCGAUCUCAAGGCUUCCAAGAUAAAACCAGAGCAGGAAAAAUGAUGCAAGCCACAGGAAAGGCCCUCUGUUUUUCUUCCCAGCAAAGAUUGGCCUUGAGAAAUCCUUUGUGUCGAUUUCACCAAGAAGUGGAGACUUUUCGGCAUCGGGCCAUCUCAGAUACGUGGCUGACGGUGAACCGCAUGGAACAGUGUCGGACAGAAUACAGGGGGGCAUUAUUAUGGAUGAAGGACGUGUCUCAGGAGCUCGAUCCAGACCUCUACAAGCAAAUGGAGAAGUUCAGGAAGGUACAGACACAAGUACGCCUUGCAAAAAAGAAUUUUGACAAAUUGAAGAUGGAUGUGUGUCAAAAAGUGGAUCUUCUUGGAGCAAGCAGAUGCAACCUCUUGUCUCACAUGCUAGCAACAUACCAGACCACUCUGCUUCAUUUUUGGGAGAAAACUUCCCAUACGAUGGCAGCCAUCCAUGAGAGCUUCAAAGGUUAUCAGCCCUAUGAAUUCACUACACUGAAGAGCUUACAAGACCCUAUGAAAAAACUAGUCGAGAAAGAAGAAAAGAAGAAGAUGGCCCAGCAGGAAAGCACAGAAGCAGCAGAGCAGGAGCCGAGUCAGUUAAUUUCAUUAGAGGAUGAAAACCAACACAAGGAAUCCUGCAGUUUUAAGAGUGAAGAAGGAAAAAGUAUUUUAUCUGCCUUAGACAAAAGCUCCACACAUAAUGCAUGUUCAGGACCUCUGGAUGAAUUAUUAGACAUGAAACCUGAGGAAGGUGGUUGUUUCCUUCUCUGUAUUGGCUUUACUACUAUCAGAAGCCUCAAGUCUGCAUCUUUGAAUUCUGGAAUCCCAGAGCAAGAGAGAUAAACCCUCCUCCAUCCGAUUCCCAUAUGCCCAACUCAGGGAAGCCUCCUGGCCUGUGCCCUGAGCCAGUCACAGUGGCCUGAGCAAUGCCUUGGCCACAGCAUAUCUACCUGGGUGGAGGACGAUGAGGCAUCCUAAGAAAUGCCUGGCCAGGAUCACAGGCUCAUGGCAUUCAAAAAGAAAAACUGAAGAAGAAGGAAGAGACGCUAAGUUAGCAAAGACACUCAAGUCCACUCUAAACACCACCCCACAAAACCUAAGCAAUAAAAGUGAAAACAGAGCCUUGACAGCCUGUGGUUCUUUUGAGAGGGCACAGAAUGUCUUACUUGUCGUUGGCAUGUCAGCAGUGGUCCUCCCUGCGGGGCCUCUGGAUUGCAGCAGAGAAGCCUCCCUGGGGCUUGACCCAGCCGAGGCCUGAGUAAAAUGACUGUGGAAGGCACACACUUCGCUUCUGAGGCUCAUUUAGAGUCAUCUGCCCAUUGACUUGAACUGGUUCCAAUUAAAGGAGUUUGGCUCAGUAAUCGUCAGGUUUCAGUCAGAUCAGAAAAUAAACCAUGAGAAAGAUUUGGGCAUUCCAGUCCCACCUGAAAGUAGGAAGUACAGAGAUUUUGAAAACUCCACAUAAAUUUGAAGGCAUGACUGAGAGAGACACUGAAAGAGGAUGCGAGUGUUGAUGGCAGCUGAACAGUGAGUCACUGUCCCACACAGAGGCGGGCUGCCCACCUCACCCCACCAGCCCUGCCUUCCCUGGCUGGUCCCUGUGUGCCCCCAUUCCUACAGCACUGUCUCAGAAGUCUGUUUAAGGUGCCAUCUCCACAUCUUCCCACCCACCACACCUAUAGGUUAUGUCUUGGUGAACAUGUCUUUGAUAAUACAAACAAUAAAAAUGCUUAAAUUAGACAGAUGUCUGAUUAAAGUGAUGUUUUGCUACUCUUUUAAAACCACAGUGAUAUGAGUGACUAGACUUCUCCCUUCCCUGAUUUAUAGCAAGUCUGCUCAGCACAUCAAAAAUCCCCUUAAUCUUUAGAUCUUUAAGUAAAAGUGUGGGGGAGAAAAUAGAUCCAGUAAAGCCUACACAAGGAAGCUUCAAGAAAAAGGAAAAAAAAAAAGAAAGAAAGCAAGAAAAAGCCUCCACUUCUCAUAUAUAUUUGAGGAAAACUUGAUACUUUCAC